AUGUCUGCACAAAACAGAUCCGUAAAUACGAGCAAGAGUAAGAGCAAGAAGAAACUUGAUCCAACAGUUCAAUCAAAGAUAGAUACUUUAAGAGAAUUAUUUCCUGAUUGGACUAAUGAAGAUUUAGUUGAUAUUGUUCAAGAAUUUGGUGAUUUAGAGACUAUAAUUGAUAAAAUCACAUCUGGUGCUGUGACUAAAUGGGAUGAGGUAAAGAAACCUACAAAGAAAGAAAGAAAAGAACAAAAUAUUAAUUCAUUUGCAUCAUCAUCAUAUAAUAACUACGACAGUAGCAAUAUAACUUCGCAAGAUUAUGAAUCCUCUUUGCGUUCUUUACCUAAACCAGAAGAUGACUGGUCUCCUGUUAAAGGUCAUCAUACUUCUACAUCAUCUAAUGCAUUUAAUAAGAAAAGAUCAACCAAUAAUAACAACAACAAUAAUAAUUCUAAUGGUGCAACUGCAUCACAUCAUGCUAUUUCUGAUCAAAGAAAGAAAAAUAGUAAAGCCAUUACUCUUGACAAAGCUACCGCUGGUAAAACCGUUGGAAAUUUAUCUAAACCUGUUUCACAUACUACUUCAUGGGCAUCUGCUGUAGCAAGUGAAAAUUCGGCACACGGCCAACAAAUUCAUAAUACCGCUAUAAGAGAACAUCAUGAUGAAACUGUAACACAAUUAGAAGAACCACUGAACGAAGAGGAAGAGAUUGAAACCACAGAAGAACAAUCCACAACUCAAGAAGAAACUAAACCAAAGAUUGGGACAACUAAUUUACCAUCUCUAUCCUCAGGUGGUACUUCAGUUGCAUCAAGUGGUCCCAAGAAAAUGUCAUGGGCUGCAAUUGCAACUCCAAAGACUAAAACUCCUGUUAAACCCGAAGUGACAGGCGCUAAUGAACCAGCGUCAUCCUUAGAAAACUUGGAAUCAUUGAAAACAGAGAUUGAAAAGGUAGAAGAAGAAAGUUCUGGAGAAGAGUCCUCUAGUCAAGAAGAAGAAAGUUCAGAAGAAGAAGAAUCCUCUGAAGAAGAAAGUUCAAGUGAAGAAGAAUCAUCUGAAGAAGAAGAGUCAUCUAGUGAAGAAGAAGAAAGUUCUAGUGAAGAAGAAUCUUCCUCCGAAGAAGAAGAAGAGGAAGAAGAAGAAGUAAAAGAGACUAAGACUGAAGUCAAGGUUACCGAAGAAAAGACAAUCGAUCUAAAGAGCAACCCAGAAACUAUCAUCCAAGAGACUGCAGUUCAAACCACUGCAGAAAUUCCAGCAGUAGUUGCCGCUGCCACUACUGGUGAUAUUGCCACUCCAACUUCUGCCGAUGCCACUGCUCAACUACAAGCUCAAGCACAAGCUUUGGCUCAAGCCCAAGCCCAAGCCCAAGCCCAAGCUCAAGCUGCUCAACAACAACAAUAUUACAUGUACCAAAACCAAUUUGGUUACAAUUACCCAGGUAUGUUUGACAACCAAUCCUAUGGUUUCAACCAAGUUAAUAACCAAAACAUGGGAAUGAAUAAUCAAUACAGCAACAUGCAACGUGGUGGUUUCGGUAACGCUUCUGCUGCAGGUGAAACCGGUACUACUGGUGAUGCAUCAUCAUCUGCUGCCGCCAAUGCUUCAAACCCAUUAAUGAACAAUAUGAGUCAACAGCAACAACAACAGCAACAACAAAUGUAUGGCAAUUCAUUUAUGCCAUAUUACAACCAUUUCUACCAACAAUCUAUGCCAUACGGUCAACCUCAAUAUGGUGUUACCGGUCAAUAUCCAUACCAAGUUCCAAAGAACAACUACAAUUACUAUGCAGGUCAACAACAAGGCCAACCACAACAACAAGGUAAUGGUGAAGCUCCAGCUAAUACUGGUGCCACUGGUGCCGCUUCCGCUGGUCAAACCCCAGGUCAAACUCCAGGUCAAUUGCAACAAGGUGAUGCUACCCAGCAACAAAUGAACAUGCAACAAAUUCAAUUGCAACAAUAUUACCAAUUCCAACAACAACAGCAACAACAGCAACAAGCUGCCGCCGCUGCUGCCGCUGCCGCUCAACAAGGUGUUCCAUACGGUUACAAUGGCUACGAUUACGGUAGCUCUACUAAUGGUAACGCAAACCAACAACAACAACAAGGGUCCAGAGGUUUCUAUUAG